UUGAAACACAAGCUCAACCCACUGCUUGAGUGUGGAGCAUAAAAAACCGCCCGAGGCUAAUUGUCAGAGUGAAAAUAAAAACUGUGAUAAACAAAGAAAAAGGCAAGCAAAAGCAAACAAAACGGAUAAAAGACACUCCUGCCGGGAGCUAAAUAAUACACAAUUUUAAUAAAACUAAAACCAGGGGAAAAUUAAAAAGCAAGCGACGCCAAAUGCGGCACUAAAAGUAAUUAGCGUCAGUGGACAGCGACAGCAGAGGAGUUGCAAAUAGAAGCAAGAGGCAAAAGUGUAAUAAAUGAUGUUGCAAUCCUUGAAUUUGCAGGCGGAUACACUGAGCGGCAUCUCAUCUGCAACAGAAACAGCAACAGCAACGGUAGCAGCGACACCAACAGCAUUGGCAGCAACAUCAGAGCAAGCACGCGACACGGCAGCAGAAGAAGCAACAACAAUGCUUACAUCGGCACCUGUUGCCCAUGUUGCUAAUGGCAGCAGCAGCAGUACGAGCGAAAGCAACAACAAUAGCCUCUACAGUAACAGCAAUUUAAAUAGCAGCAACAAUAGCCAGCAACAGCAACAGAUACAGUCGGUCAAGUAUUUAGAGAAUCUAACGAGCUCGGGAGCUAGUUCAGGUGCCAUUGCAGCGCCAACAACUUUCACAGGUGCUGCAAAAAGUUUUCAUCCCUAUUUGCGGCCCACUGGCACCGGCAACAACACCAGCAGCAGCAUCGGUAAUAGCACCAACAGUGCGGCGGCAUUAUCUACAACAACGGCAACACCGGGGGCAAAAAUGUCCUCGACAUUGUUUGAAACACUUUUGCACAACCAAAUAAAUUCCAGCCCGACGGCCCCGACCGGGCCCCCACUGCCAGCAGCAACACCAGUCAUUGCAACAACAGCAACACCCAGCACCGCAGCAACCGCAACAGCAGCAACUGCAGCAGCAGCAGCAUCGGCGGUAAUGCCGCUGAAUUCCAGCAUUAAUUCCAGAACUUCAUUAGGCGAGCCGGGUGGCAUUGUUGCCGUUGCCUCAAAUCGCAUCUCCAUCAAAACCGAACUGGAACUGGUGGACUCAAGCAGUCCGGAAUCGAUCAAGGACCAGCCGGAUGCGGACAACAUCAAGAUGUUCGUCGGCCAGAUACCCAAGACCUGGGACGAGACGAGACUCCGGCACAUGUUCGAGCAGUUCGGACCCGUGCACACUCUGAACGUCCUUCGCGACAAGGUCACAUCAAUUAGUCGCGGGUGCUGUUUUGUCACCUACUAUACACGAAAGGCUGCCCUGCGCGCCCAGGAUGCGUUGCACAACAUCAAGACCUUGGACGGGAUGCACCAUCCCAUUCAGAUGAAGCCGGCGGACAGUGAGAACCGAAACGAGCGCAAACUUUUUGUUGGCAUGCUGAACAAGAAGUACACGGAGGCCGAUGUGCGGCAACUUUUUACGGGCCACGGAACCAUUGAGGAGUGCACCGUCCUCCGAGACCAGGCCGGCCAGAGCAAGGGCUGUGCCUUCGUCACAUUCGCGACCAAACAGAACGCCAUCGGGGCUAUCAAGGCCCUUCACCAAAGUCAGACCAUGGAGGGCUGCUCUGCUCCGCUGGUUGUCAAGUUCGCAGACACACAGAAGGAGAAAGACCAGAAAAAAAUGCAGCAGCUCCACGCCUUCUGUGGCAUUGGAGCCCUCACAAAUGGCACGCCCAGCGGUGCUGCUGCGGCCGCCGCCACUCCCACCGCCAACACAGCCACUGCGCUGAUAGCGGCCCCGCCCUCAGCGGCUCGCCCCAAUCCGUCCAUGGCAGCCGCUUUGGCGGCAGUUCCGCCCGUCCAGCAGGCAGGCACAGCAGCCACCGCCCAGACAGCCCUGGUUCCCCUGCACACCCCGGCGACCUUGAACGCCUCCCUGGGUCCCGCCCUCCUGGCCAGUAAUCCCGCCGCGGCCUACUUGGGUGCCGACCCGACCACGACAGCCCAACUGCAACUGUACCAGCAACUGCACGGCUACGGACUCAGCCCGGCCCACUACCUGCAAGGACUAAAUUUCCACCACCCACCGGAAAACAGUGCCCACCACAGCCAGCACGGUCUCGCCGGCGGCGGCGCCGCAUCAACAGCAUCUCUAUCGGUUGCCUCAGCCGCCGCCGCUGCCGCCUCAGCAGCAGCCGCAUCAGCAACACCUCACACACUUGGCGGCAGCGGCGGCGCACCACCAUCCGCAUCCCCAUCCGCACCACCAGCAGGCGGCGGCGGUGGCUGCGGCAGCGGCAGCGGCGGGAUCACUGCCGCCGGGCAUGCUCCUGGCACUGGACUGCUCGCCCCUCCAUCCCUGUCUAUGCAGAAUCUGGUAACCCUGCUAGCCACACCCACCGCCCACCAUCCGCUCACCAUCGCCACCACCGCCAACGCCCCCCACCACCCCAAAUUCAACAACACCACCAGCAACGGAAACAACCACAACGGCAGCACCACCGCCAGCCUGCACCUCCAGAGAAUGGCCUAUGCUGCCGCACCGCCGGCGACGGCCUUCAGCAUGCCGCAGCUGAUGGGUCACACGGCGACGCCCACCCAGCCAGGGGCCAGCUCCCAGACGCUUGCCCUAAAUGCGCUGUGGCACACAAGCGCUGCCGAUCCCUACACCACCUCCCUGAGUGGUCUGACGAAUGGAGCCGCCUACGGAGCCACAGCUCAGCCCCUAACCGCCAGCGCCAUACAAGCAGCAGCUGCGGGAGUGGCUGGUAAGCAGAUCGAGGGACCCGACGGCAGCAAUCUAUUCAUUUAUCACUUACCUCAGGAGUUCAUAGACACUGAUCUCGCAUCGACAUUUCUGCCCUUCGGCAAUGUCCUGUCGGCCAAGGUGUUCAUCGACAAGCAGACCAACCUGUCCAAGUGCUUCGGGUUCGUCUCGUACGACAAUCCACAUUCAGCCAACGCGGCCAUCCAGGCGAUGCACGGAUUUCAGAUCGGGACCAAGCGGUUGAAGGUCCAACUAAAACGUUCCAAGGAUGCGGCCAAGCCGUACUAGAUGAGCUGGAUUUGGCGUGGCCGAACGCUGGCACACCCAAGCACCACAUGAAAACUAAUCACAGAAAUGGAUGAAACUAUAGCUUAACACAAUUGUGCCUUUUAAUAAAUGUUCUGAAACCAAAGGACCAAUUACAAAAAUGUAUCUGAUAAGUAAUCACAAAUCUAAAAAUAAAUAGCUUACAAAUGAUGUUCUCGAGUGCACAAACGAACCGCAAACCAAUCCAACCAAAGAAGUAGCUUAAAAGUUGCAUCAUUGUAAUCACAUUUGCUGAAAACCAUCAGCCAUUUUCAUUAAAUCAACCCAACUUUUCAACGUGGUCGGCAAGCACACUCUACAUUUAAAAACCAAAAAACAAAGUCCAGCAAUUUGAAGCCGAUUUGUGGCGCCAAAGUAUUUUUCAAAGCCAAAUAGUUAAGCAAAAAUGGAAAAAGAA